AUGCGGCGUGCUGCAGUGCACCGUGCUCAGAUUGCGGCAGUGGAAGGAUCGAAGUGCUCGGAUCGGGGGCUGAAGAGUGCGUUUUGGAAAUUGAGGGAUUCGGUUUUGAAGGAGAAAAUAUUCAGCAGAAUAUGGAUUUAUUCUGAGGUCGCAGAAUCGGUUGGCAAAUGGGACAAAGUGAUUUGGGGGGCGGAAAAGAUACGGGGUGGGAUAUGGAUUGAUCCUGAGAUUGGAUUGUCGGUCUGGAUAUCGGGAGAAUCGAUUUGGAGGGCGCAAAAGAUGUUCGCUAAGAUCUGGAUUGAUCAGGAGAUUGGAAAAUUCGUUGGAAAUCAGACAGAUCGAUUUGGAGAGCAAGAGACAUAUUUGGUGACAGGAGGAUCGAUGCUUGGUCAUUGA